AUGGAUUUCCACUUUGACAUCAAUUUUCGGGAUGGUGUAGUGUGGGAUGCGCGUAUACGGCUGCCGAAUGAUGCGCUUCCACCCCUCCCCGUGCAAAAACACAUCUUCUUGAGCGAAAUGUACACUCUGAAAUUCCUCGAAAAGACCGCCGUCCCCGCACCGCGUGUCUACCAUUAUGGCUGGAUCGAUGCCACAGACAACCCCGUCGGCGUGUCCUUUGUUCUUCUCGAGAAGAUGGGUGGCCGCAAACUACAGUGGGACAAGGCGAACAAGACCACUCAGACAAAGAUCCUAGAGCAGCUGGUGGAUGUCUCUUUGGAGCUAGAACGUCAUGAUUUUGAAAUGACCGGGUCCAUCGUCCCGUCUGACGACGGAGUUGUGCAGAUCGGCGGAUACGCGAUGCUGCCUUUAUUCCGUGACUCUCGAACACCAAUCGGUCCGUUCUCCAGCCUCAGCGCAUCCUUGAGGGCGAUCAUCUAUUUGCAAUUAGACAUGAUCAUGGAUGGCGAAUUCUCAAACCUGCCCGUAGGCCACUUUCUCUCCUAUCUUUGGCGCCUGAACAUGAUCCCGGACCUGGUCACCUCCAUCAACAGCAAGGAAGGGGGUCCCUUCUACCUGAAACGCUUCUGCGAAACGGACGACCACAUCCUGGUUGACGAGGCCGGAAACAUUACGGCCAUUACGGGCUGGGCUUCGUCCUCGGUCAAGCCAAAAGAAUACGCUUUUAGCUCCCCCUCUAUGCUCUGGCCCAUAACCGCGUUUGUCAACGGCGACAACACCUUGUCCCCCGCUGAGCUUGAGUUCGCAGAGAUCUACCGCUGCCGUGGCAGGGAUGAUAUGGCUGAGAUCGUCCUGGAUGGCCGCAAGUUGCAGCGUCUUCUCUACUCUUUGGGUGAUAGUUGGACGGACGACGAGGAUGAGUUUGAAGCUUUGUUUUUGGGCCUGCGCAAGGCGUUUAUCCGUGAAGGGGAUGAGGUCGCGGCCAAGGCGUUGCAGGAGCCGUUUGAGUACUGGAAGAAAAAGAGUAUUCCUAUGUAUUCAGUCCAGUACCCGCAGCUGCAGCUUCUUUUCUGA